UUGUGAGAAUAAAAAUUAAAUAUAUUUAAUUUCUGUAAUAUAUUAGUUUCGAAAUGUCUGGCAACACUAGUUUACACAUAACACGUGGUUUUAUUUAUCAAAAUGUCAGCUAUAAGGGAUAUCAGUAAACCUAAAACCCGACGUGGGAAGAAAUUUUUAGAAAAUAAAUCACCAAAAGUGAUUGAAAAUGUUAAAACAACUCUUUUCAUACGUGGAUCGACGGCAAAUAAUACAGUUCUUACAGCCAUGAAGAAUUUGAAUUCAUUAAAGAAGCCUCAUGGUGUUUUUUUCAACAGAAAGAAUGAAAUGAGACCAUUUGAAGAUAUUAUACCAAUAGAAACUUUUUGUCAGAAAAAUGAUGCUUCCCUUUUUAUGUUCGGAUCUCAUAAUAAGAAGCGGCCAAAUAAUUUAAUAAUUGGCAGAAUGUAUGAUUUUCAUCUGCUUGACAUGUUUGAACUGGGCGUAGAAAAGUUUAAAUCACUUGAAGACUUUAAGGUGCCAAAAAUUUCUUGCAGUACAAAACCACUUUUAUUAUUUGUGGGAGAAUUAUUUGAAGACCCCAUUUAUCAGAGACUUAAAAAUCUAUUAAUAGAUUUUUUUCGAGGACCAGAGAUUUCGAUGAUAAGGCUCCAAGGUCUAGAACACGUCAUUAUGAUUACGGCAGAUGAUGGAAAAUUGUAUUUUAGAAGUUACAGAAUUGUGAUGAAGAAAUCUGGGAUGAAAACUCCUUAUAUAGAAUUAAUAGAGAUUGGACCAUCUCUAGAUAUGGUGUUGAGAAGGAAUAAAAUGGCUUCAGAUGAUUUUUUCAAACUAGCAAGGAAACAGCCAAAAGUAUUAAAGCCAAAAAAGGUAAAGAAUAUAAAGAAGAAUGUAUUUGGUUCCAAACUUGGACGAAUCCACAUGAAACGACAAAAUUUCAAACAGUUAAAUACUCGAAAGAUGAAAGGACUGAAGAAGAAUUUUCCUUCUGGCAGCAAGCGUAAAGGACGUGCAAAUUCUGGUCCUCCAGCUAAAAAAGCUAAAGCAUAAAUAAAUUGAGGCACAAAAAUA